AGUUACUCUCUGGUCCUUAUGGUUAUACAUUUUUUACAAUGUGGUACCAAUCCUCCUGUUCUGCCAUGCUUGCAUUCAAUGUUUGCAAACAAAUUUAAGUCGGACGCGAAUAUUUAUAAUAUCGAUAUUCAUGAGGAUUUGAACAUUUCAUCAUCCAAUCGUUUACCUGAGAACCAUCAGUCCCUUGGGGAAUUACUAUUUGAAUUUUUCAAAUAUUAUGUGGAAUUUGACUUUGACCAGUACGCGAUAUCUGUACGUUCAGCAAGCAAAAUACCGAAAGAGGAUUGUC